CCUACCCACAACUCUCCACCUCCUCACGUCCCCCGCUCUCAUUGUCUCGGGCAGGUCGUGCGCUUCGGCGUGACGUCACGGCGCGCCGGCUCCUUCUUUGUUUACCUCUCCCACCCGCUGAAUCUUCGCCGGCUCCCGAGAAGGGGCGGACUUGUGUUGGCGGACAGCGAGUCCGCGAGCUGCCUCCUGAUUGGCCAGGGGAGCCUAUAUUUGGGGGUGUAGGAAGAGGGCCUGCAACUGCUGGGCGGAGGGAGACCCUUUUUUUUCCCGCAGAGCGAGGCCGGGGCUGCCGCUUCGCGUUGGCCGUUGGAGCCUGGCUGACUGCCGUUUAUGACCGGGCGUCGGUUGGGGAAGCCUUCGGUUCGUCGCCGGCGAGAGGGAGGCGAGGGAAGGGGAAGGUAGCAUGGCGGCCUCGGCGUCGGAGAAGAGCAACAAGAAGAAGACGGAGAAGAAACUCGCCGCCCGGGAAGAAGCCAAAUUGCUGGCCAGCUUCAUGGGGGUCAUGAACACCAUGAGGAAGCAAAAAACACUCUGUGAUGUCAUUCUCAUGGUCCAGGAAAGGAAGAUCCCAGCUCAUCGUGUUGUACUUGCUUCAGCAAGUCACUUCUUUAACUUGAUGUUUACCACAAAUAUGAUUGAAUCAAAGUCUUACGAAGUGGAGUUAAAAGAUGCAGAGCCAGAUAUUAUUGAGCAGCUUGUGGAGUUUGCUUAUACUGCAAGAAUUUCCGUAAACAGCAACAAUGUCCAAUCAUUGUUAGAUGCUGCAAAUCAAUAUCAAAUUGAACCUGUGAAAAAAAUGUGUGUGGACUUCUUAAAAGAGCAAGUUGAUGCUUCAAAUUGUCUUGGUAUAAGUGUGUUAGCAGAGUGUCUUGACUGCCCAGAGCUCAAGGCUACUGCAGAUGACUUUAUCCACCAGCAUUUCACAGAGGUUUACAAGACAGACGAGUUUCUGCAGCUAGAUGUUAAACGUGUAACACAUCUCCUGAAUCAAGACACACUAACUGUAAGAGCAGAAGAUCAGGUUUAUGAUGCUGCCGUCAGGUGGCUGAAGUAUGACGAGCCAAACCGUCAGCCUUACAUGGUUGACAUUCUUGCUAAAGUCAGGUUUCCUUUAAUUUCAAAGAAUUUCCUCAGUAAAACAGUACAAGCUGAGCCACUUAUCCAGGACAACCCUGAGUGCCUCAAAAUGGUUAUAAGUGGCAUGAGAUACCAUCUGCUUUCUCCAGAGGACAGAGAAGAGUUGGUGGAUGGCACCCGCCCGCGAAGAAAAAAGCACGAUUACCGCAUUGCCUUGUUUGGUGGUUCACAGCCACAGUCAUGUCGGUAUUUUAAUCCAAAGGAUUACAGCUGGACAGACAUCCGAUGUCCCUUUGAAAAGCGGAGGGAUGCAGCUUGUGUUUUCUGGGACAACGUGGUUUAUAUUUUGGGCGGCUCCCAACUUUUUCCUAUAAAGCGAAUGGACUGUUACAAUGUUGUGAAAGACAGCUGGUAUUCCAAGCUGGGACCUCCAACACCUCGGGAUAGCCUUGCAGCUUGUGCAGCAGAGGGUAAAAUAUAUACAUCUGGUGGUUCUGAAGUAGGAAACUCUGCAUUAUAUUUGUUUGAAUGCUAUGAUACCAGAACAGAAAGUUGGCACACAAAGCCCAGUAUGCUGACUCAGCGAUGCAGUCAUGGGAUGGUAGAGGCAAAUGGUCUCAUAUACGUAUGUGGAGGAAGUUUAGGAAACAAUGUUUCUGGAAGAGUCUUGAAUUCCUGUGAAGUUUAUGAUCCAGCAACAGAAACGUGGACAGAGCUGUGUCCGAUGCUUGAAGCCCGAAAAAAUCAUGGACUUGUGUUUGUGAAAGACAAAAUAUUUGCCGUUGGGGGACAGAAUGGCUUAGGUGGCUUAGACAAUGUGGAAUAUUAUGACAUUAAAGUGAAUGAGUGGAAGAUGGUCUCUCCCAUGCCAUGGAAAGGUGUGACUGUAAAAUGUGCUGCUGUGGGUUCCAUAGUUUAUGUCUUAGCAGGCUUUCAGGGUGUAGGUCGUUUGGGGCACAUCCUUGAAUAUAAUACUGAAACUGAUAAAUGGAUAGCCAACUCUAAAGUCCGUGCUUUCCCAGUGACCAGCUGUUUAAUCUGUGUAGUUGAUACUUGCGGAGCAAAUGAGGAGACACUAGAAACAUGAAGAUUUCAGGAUUGCUACUUAUGAUGUUUCUGCAUUUCAAUUUCAUCUUGUCAAGAUGUCGGUACUACAGAAAUUUUUUGGAUGAAAUCCUUCACUUUAUCUCCACUAUGUGUAUAAGGUGGAUUUGCUUGUCAAAGUUCUAUUUUUUGGAAGUAACUCAAGAAUCUACAACCCUAGAUUGAAGACACAUGAAGUUUCCUUAAGAUGUAUUUGUGCAGUUUUGCCACAAACUCUGCUGUCUAAGUAUAUUGUGAAAUAUUCCAACAAGAGAUUAUUAUUUUUUAGUAACCUUCAUUUUUCAGAGUUUGAAAUAAUUAAAAUCUUCAGGUAGCAAAAAUGAAUGAAACAAACCCUAUUAGUUGGAGUAACUUUGCUCAAACAUCUGUUCUGCUGAAACAUCUGUUCUACAAAGAGAGAUACUGCAUUACUUCAAUGCAAGUCCCCCACAGGAUGGUAUCCAGUUACUGAGUGAAACAUAUUGUGCUUUCUAACUAUUUA